CCAUUUAAAACAAAUAGUUUCCUCUGUCUCGUUCUCAAUCACGCCCGCCCAGACCCGUACCGAAAACUCUUCUAUCGGUUCCGUUAAAUAAACACCUAUCAUCAUCAUCAUAAUCAUCAAUCCCAUCUUUUUUGGCGAUUUAAUAAAUAAUAUUACUUAUUGGAUUGGAUGAUGAUGAUGAGGAAGAGGGAGCGAGAAAACCCCUGCGGGGUAUGCGGUCACUACCACAAGUACGAAGAGGGUGAGGUUUGCGGGAUUUGCGGCCACCGUAUGCCUGAAUCCACCGCCGAUAAGUCUCCCUCUGUUCACCUCAGCGCUUUUCCUUCUCAGAUCCUCCCCGACUUCCUUUUCUUAGGCAGCUACGACAACGCCUCUCGAUCCGAGCUCCUCAAAACCCAAGGAAUUACUCGUGUGCUCAAUACAGUUCCUGCGUGUCAAAAUCUCUACAAGAAUUCAUUCACCUAUCACUGCCUCCAAGAUGACAAGAUCUUACAAUUUGACGAUGCCAUUCAGUUUUUAGAGCAAUGUGAGAGGGACAAGGCUCGCGUUCUUGUCCAUUGCAUGUCAGGAAAAAAUAGGUCUCCAGCUAUUGUAAUGGCUUACUUGAUGAAGUCCAGAGGAUGGAGACUUGCUCAAUGUUACCAGUGGGUGAAAGAGCGGAGACCAUCUGUUGAUCUAACUCAAGCCGUGCACCAGCAGUUGCAUGAGUAUGAACAGAAGCUUUUCGGGUCAAAUGAUAAUAUCAACCCUGCCCUGCCAGUCUUCCCUCCUGUAGGUGCGCCAUCUUUUAGCUUUGGCUUCCCAAAGGCUAAUGAUCCAGUUCCUGUCCCAGCGUUCUUUGGUGUUGGUGCUCCCUCUAUCUUCACACGUCCUCUAGAAGUUCCUCCACAAGAGUUCCAGUUUGGAGCUGGUCAUCCCCAGAACAUAUCAGAAAGCUCCCUUGGCACCAAUUUGCCGAACCCGAAUGGUGGGGAUGUUUCAAUGGAUUCAUGAAUUUCAAUGCCCUCCCUGAUGAAUGAGCCUGCAAGUUUAGCAAUGACUAGAAGCUAAAUGAUCAUUAAGUGAGCUUGCAAUAGUGCAAGUUACAGGAAGUUCAAACUGAAAACUAUACUUUUGGUUUGGAUUUGGCGUGUGCCUUGGUUUAUUCACAAGUUUAUACAAGAGUGUUAAUUCCAAGAGUAGAGUUUUUGUCAUCUCCACAAAAGGUGUAUGGGUGCACAAAUUGUGUUAUCUCAGCGGCUUCUUGCAGCGUUUUU